AAAAAGGAUUUACGUGCUUUAGUCCCUUGAGCAUAUCGAAAGUGCUACUUAGCUUCUCGGCUUUUCGUGAACAGAAUCUACACUCUUCUAAGUGCUGAGAUGACGUGCUAAAAUGGCAAGGCAACUGCAGGAGACCCUCGCAGGGAUCCCUGGAAGUGAAAUAGAAUAGUCGAGCACUUCCGCAUCAGGGGCGUGGCUUUGUCUGUUUUCCGCUACGACCUUAGGCGAAGGGUAGUCUGGAGAGCCUUGUUGUCACCGUUGCCGCAGCGCGACGCAGGUUGGCCCCUGCGGUCCAGACCGCCGUAUAGUCUCGCACUCCGCAGCGACUGUAAGCCCCGGCUGUAAAGGUUUUUCCCCGCGGCAUUCUGGGAAGUGUAGUCCAGGAACUCCGAGUAGUCGCAGGUACUUCCAUUCAACACGGUGGUGCUGGUGAAUUCUGGGAAGUGUAGUCCAGGAGCUCCGGUGACCGCAGGCACUUCCGCCCCAGCAGGACGCCGUAGCAGCCAUCUUUUCUCUGAUUGUAGGGUUUCUGGUCCGCUGUUCACGACCCGUUCAAACUUCCCCGGAACGCACCCGGGGCCAGCAGCCACCAGCCUUUCAUUGGGAGAGAAAGAGGAGCAGCGGCUAAAAACGGAGCCCUGACUUCUCAACAAGCACUGCAGGGAGGAGGCAACAGAGCCCCACUCUGUCUUCCUAGGAUUCUGUUUCUCCAGAAGGAACGAGAAAAUGAGCUUGUUCAAGGAGGCAGUGACGUUCAGGGAUGUGGCAGUGGCCUUCACGGAGGAGGAGCUGGGACUGCUGGACUCUGCCCAGAGGAAGCUGUACCAGGAUGUGAUGUUAGAAAACUUCAGGAACCUGGUCUCCGUGGGACACCAAUCCUUGAAACAGGAUAAAUGGCGUAUAGAAAGAGAAGAGAAGCUUUGGUCGAUGAAGACCGCAGCCCAGAUGGAGAGAAAUGUGGGUAAGAACCAAGCACGUGUGAGUUCUGACAGUUUCCUGACCAUCCUUGUUGUUUCUCGCCACCCCUGUGCUGUUGUCCGUGUCCAGUUGCCACAGCUCUUUCCUGGAUUGUGUGACUCCUCCUACAGUCUGUUCUUCAAGUAGCAGCCAGAGUGAUCCUUUGUAACUUCAGGCCAGGUUAGGCUAGUCUUCUGUUCAGAAUUCUCUUACGGCUUCGUUUACGUAGAAUGAGAACCACUGACAACAGCCUCCGGAACGUCCUCUGUGGUCUGCCGUUCAUCCCCCACUGCCUUUCCGAAUACAUCCGUCCUCCCUCUUGCCCCAUCUUUUCUGCCUACAGCGUCCACUCUGCCGUUCCCCAGACCCGCAAAGGAAGCUUCUGCCUCAGAGCCCUUCACUCGUUCUCCUCUCUGCCUGGAAUACCCUUCCACCUCCAAUCCUUCAGGCCCCUUCUCUCCUUCUUUUGGGUCACUCAGUUUUAAUAUCAUGUUUGGGCUCUGACCACCCUGUCGAAAAUGCCUUCCCCUCUCUACUCUCUGUGCCCUGCUUUAUUCUGUGUCUGAGCCCUUGACCUCACCUCACAUAUAUUUUUGUUCAUUGCUUAUUACCUUUCUCUCCUCACUGGAGUGUAAUUUUUAAAAGUGGGGGGAUUUUUCUGUUUCUUGUUCACUAUCCUUAAUGCUUAGAACAGUCCUGGUACAUGGCAGGGGAUCUGUAAAUAUUUGUUGAAUAAAUGAAUGAGUUCCCGUAGAGGGAAACCUGCCUUCCAUGGAGAUAGCUGAUAGGUGGUGAACAGAUCCACGUGAAUAGGGGAUAUUGCAGACCAGUUUUUGUCUUUAAAUGAAUUCCUGACCUAAUUCCGAUGUUUCUGGUGCCCCUGGUAUACGUGCGUGUGCAUGUGUGUGUUUGCCUUUCUGUACAAAUUGACCCGCACCAACUUGUACAGAAACCUAUACAGAACCUGCAGCACUGUCAUUAUAACCAAACUGAAUAACAUUCUUUUCCUGUGACUUUCCAUUAGUAGCAGAGCAUAUUCAUUUGGGGAGGAAUUGUUUUUUUAAUUGUGGAUUCUUCUGUCCAGUUAGGCAGCUCCUCCAUAGAAGGGAAAAUAUUCAGUUUCCGUGUCUCUCGUAUCAUAGAAUGAAAGGUCUCAGAAAAUAGCAAGCUUGUGAGUUAGCCUUUCCCUUAAAAGAUUUGCCCAACUGCAUCCCAUUUGCUGCUUCCAAAAUCCACAGGUAUAAUAAGAAGUGGAUCUUAACGUUGUUACCUCAGACAUUGUGUUUGUGUAUGUAUUUAAAUGUAUGACUUUUGAAGGCGUUUCGUAUAAUGACACCUUUAUUGCUUGCGAUGAUUCUCUAUUCGUUUCUGAUCUGUUUCUUCUAAAUAUUGUAAGCUAUGGAAUUGAUUUCCCAGCUCAAUAAGAAACCAUUCUUCACUUUGAAAAUUGUUCUUGUUGAAGACCAAUGGAUCUAUAUCCACAAUUUUUCCACGCUGUCUUCAAAGAGUCGGCAUUCGUCCCUGGCCUCUAAAUUUGAUUCUUACUUGGCAGAGUAGUGUGGGGAGGGUGAUUAGGGUAUAUUUAGAGAGAUAGUACAGGGGCGCCUGGGUGGCUCAGUGAGUUAGGUGUCCGACUUCAGCUCAGGUUGUCCCUGAUCUCACGGCUGGUGAGUUUGAGCCCUGCGUCGGGCUCUGUGCUGACAGCUCGGAGCCUGGAGCCUGCUUCGGAUUCUGUGUCUCCCCCUCUCUCUGCUCCUUCCCUGC